AGCUGCAAAUCGUUCUCAUCAGACGCGAUCGUUGUCAGUCAUGGUGCUCGCGGCGCAGCAGCAGCAGGAACGGGCGGAGAUGGCUUCAUAUCUGUACGAGAAGCACCUGAACCACCAGGAUGGCGUCGCCGGCACGCUGAGCAUCCGCUUGGUGGCAGCACACAACCUUCGUGCAGGCGCCUCCAUGUUUUGGGUACGCACAUGCAAUCCGUAUGUGAUCUUCCGCGUGGGCAAGCAGAGCGUUCGAAGUGCCACCAUUCUCAGUAACGACAAUCCCACCUGGCGUCGCGAGUUUCUUGAAGUGAAGCUGCCUAAGCUGGACCACAAGCACCAUCCAUUGGGGGAGCAUUCGGUAUUUACGCGAGUGGAGCUUAUCGUGGACGCCAUGAACGAAGACUCAAUAACGGGCAAAGCGACGGAGGCCGUGGGUAUGGGCAAUGGAUCUGUCAUUGGCACAGCCGCUGUGGACUUUACGUCUCUUAUUGAGGGUAAGGAGGACGUCAUGGACCAGUGGAUUCCACUCAGCGGUGCGCUGCCAAUGGGUGUCGCAACUGGAGGCGCUACGGCAGCCAAAAAGAUGCAGGCUGAAGAAGAUCUGAGCUUGGGUGAAGUUCGUGUCGUACUGCAGUAUGAACCCCACGGCAUGGAGCCCCGUGUGGGCGACGUGGUUAAGCUUGAAGGUUAUGGGUCUUUUCCGUCAGCGGUGCUUGGUCCCGUGGAAGAAUUAGAGCUGCAUGUGAAAAAGACGAGUGGCAGCUAUUUGCUGUGCAGCUACACGACUCACUCCGGCUAUGAAGCUGCGUUACGCGUGCACCGCAACAACGUGUUCGUGACGCACCGCGGUAGCUUCUUCGACCGCUUCUACGAGUCCUUUGUCGUCGAGCCCCUGGAAUUCGUGGGCAGCACACCUAUCGGGCAGACUGCGAAGGAAGUGCUGCGUCCGUACGUGAAUGUGGCUCGUGCGUUCAGCAGCCCGGCCCUGGUUGCGACGAAGGCUACGCUCAUGACAACAUACCGCGCGUCUUCUGCAGCUAUCGGUGCUGUGGUUGCAUCUCUGGACGAGUAG